AUGUCACAUAAGCCUGUAAUAUUAUUCCCUGGUCUUGGAGGCUCGCCUCUUUAUGGGAAUGUUUCAAAGAAGCCAUAUUGGUAUUGUGGAAUUCAUGAAAAUGAAAUAAUUUAUAUAGGCAAAAGGAUUAUAUUUCCAUUCCAAUGGAAUUGUCUGCUCGAUUAUUUAAGAAUGGAGUGGGAUCCAAUAAAUAACAGAACAAUUGAGCCAAAUUAUAUUCGAAUUAAGCCUAAGCCAAUAGGAAAGAUCGAUAAUGUAAAUCAUGUAGACACGAUAUUCUUUAAUAUUCAUGUUGUUCCAUAUUAUAAAAUUUUAGCAGACCGAUUCAUUAAAGAAGGCUAUAAAGACCAGUAUGAUAUUUUUGGGGCUCCAUAUGACUGGAGAUAUGGAGCAAACCAAAAAAUGGAAUAUUUUGAGAAUUUGAUAAAAUUUAUCGAAGAAAUUCAUCAAAAAUUAGGUCAAAAAGUAGUAUUGCUAGGGCAUUCCAUGGGCUGCUUUUUAGUUAACAAUUUAUUGACCAUUUUAAAAGAUAAAUCUUGGGUUCAAGAACAUAUUGACUCUGUUAUCUAUAUAGCCCCAUCCUUUGGGGGCUCUGUGACCUCAUUUGAUACAAUCAGAACAAAACGUGUUCCAUUUUUCUGGUAUCUUGGUAGAUACAAGAAAACAUUGAGUACGAAUCAAGGAAUUUCAAUACAUAUGCCUAACUUCGCGAUAUUUGGAAACCAAACAAUAUUGUAUGGAAAUGAUGGGAAAGAAUAUAAAGCCCACGAACUCCCUGACUAUUUAGUUAAUCAUGGAAAACUAUAUGGCGAUUUUCUCCAUAUUUUCAAUGAAAUCAAACAUUUCUUUGUAAAUGCUCCUAAGCAACCAGAUGUUCCUGUUGCCGUAAUAUAUAACUCUGGACUGUAUACAUUGCAAAGUGUUGACUUGAGGAAAUCAAUUUUCACAAGGAGUAAUUAUGGACCAGGAGAUCUUAUUGUUAAUGCGGAAGGUCCAAAAUACAUUUGUGAUAAUUGGAAGAAUAUUACAUGUUAUGACUUGAAUUCAUCUAAUCCUUUCCUUAAUCACCUCACAAUGUUAUAUUCCAGCACUCUUCAUGAUCUCAUAUUUGAUUGGCUAAAUGGUUAUCAAUUCACAGCACAUAGCCAACCACCUAAUAGCAUAAAAGAAGAAUUGUAA